GAGGAGAGAGCGCAGAGAAGUUCACCGUUCGUCCAAAGACUGCAGCAUUUUGAGAAGUGGAGGAGAGAUGAUUUUUUGGGGGGACCAGUCUGCAGUUUAAAAUGGACCAAAGCAGAGAAGUGUCACUGCCGCUGGAGAGACAGACUAAAGACUCUCCCAGUGCUGUGUCUGUGAGGUCCAGGACUCCUCCAGAGUUCUCCAAUAAACCAACAUCUCCUUUAUCCACAAGUCAGACUUCUGGCUUCGUCUCUCUGAGGUCUAUUGAUCCUCCUCCAGCGUUUUCUAAAGAACCUGGAACAGAAAGCUCAAAGUCGAGGACUCCUUCUCCAGAGUUUUCUAAUGAACCGGAAUCUACUUCCAAAGAAUGGAGCAGGUGUUUAAAGCGUGACUGUGAAAACCUCUAUCAGUUGGAUUUCCCCACAGCACUGAAUGAUUAUAAGGAGAAAUUGGGGUGUAGAUGUGACAGUGUGACUGAAGGAUUAGAAGGAGCUGGAGACAGAACGUCUCUGCUGAGGAUCUACACGGAGCUGUACAUCACACACAGCCACAAUGAAGAAGACCGAACCCAACAUGAACUCACCAGGCUCCAGGCUGAGUUUGGGACAAGGAUCGGCCAACAGGAGAUGCCCAUCCGCUGUCAGGACAUCUUUACCUCUCUGCCCUCCGAUCAGAAGCCCAUCAGGGUGGUGCUGACCAGUGGUGUGGCUGGAGUGGGCAAGACCUUCUCAGUCCUGAAGUUCUGUCUGGACUGGACCAAGGGCUCAGAGAACCAGGAGCUGGAGCUGGUGGUACUUCUGUCCUUUAGAGAGCUGAACCUGGCUAGAGAGGAAAGCUACAGUCUGCUGAAGCUCAUACAUGAUUUCCACCCCACCCUGCGCCCUCUCUCGGCUCAGACUUUGCUCCACAAUAAAGUCCUGUUCAUCUUUGAUGGCCUGGAUGAGAGCCGGCUGCAUCUGGACUUUAGCUGUGAGGUCAUUUCUGGGGUCACACAGAGUUCAGAGAUUGGCAGGCUGCUAGUGAACCUCAUCAGGGGGAAUAUGCUUCCUGAUGCCCUUAUAUGGAUCACCUCCUGACCAGCAGCAGCCAAUCGGGUCCCUGCAUCCUGCGUCCAUCGCCGGACUGAAGUGCGGGGCUUCAGAGAUAGUCAGAAGGAGCAGUACUUCAGCAAGAGGUUCUCUGAUGAGCAGCAGUGUCGCAGUGUCCUGUCCCACAUCACUGCCUCCCACAGCCUCUACACCAUGUGUCAGAUCCCUGUCUUCUGCUGGAUCACCGCCACCGUCCUGGACCAUAUGUUGAGACGCUGUCAGAGUGGACCCCUGCCCCAGACCCUCACAGACAUGUACACACACUUCCUCCUAGUACAGACUCAGAGGAAGCGGAAGUACAGAUCUGAGAGUGCCGCCCUGGAGGUCAAUAAGAGAGACUGUGAGGUCCUCUUGAAGCUGGGCAAACUAGCCUUUGACCAUCUGCACAAUGGAAACCUCAUCUUCUACCAGGAGGACCUGCAGCAGGUGGGCCUGGACCUCACCGAGGCCUCUGUGUACUCUGGACUCUGCACUGAGAUCCUCAUAGAAGAGAACAUCAUCUUUCAGAAAUCGGUCUAUUGCUUCGUUCAUCUGAGCGUCCAGGAGUUUCUGGCUGCUGUUUACAUGCUCCGCUGCUUCAACCACAAAAAGACAGAGGAAAUCAGUAGCUUUCUCAGAGACUGGGAAGAGAAUAUGCCACUUGAUGUCUUCCUCCAAAAGUCCAUCGAGAAGUCCUUUGAAAAUGAAAGUGGACGUUUGGACCUAUUUGUGCGCUUCCUUCACGGUCUCCUGCUCGAGUCGAACCAGAGGCUGCUCAGAGUUCUUCUAGGCCAAAUUCAGACGGACUCUCAGAUGAUUCAGAAGAUCACCCAAAACCUGAGGGAGAGGAAUGCUGGAGGGAUUUCUGCCCCCGGGAGCAUCACUGUAUUCUACUGUCUGACCGAGAUGAAUGACCAAACGAUUCACCAGCGGAUCCUGCACCUCCUGAAGACUGAGUUUGAGUCCGACCUUUCAGAGUUUCACUGCAUGACUUUAGCUGUCAAACUGCAGAUGCCACAGGAAGUGCUACAGGAACUGGACAUCAAAAGGUUUAGAAGAAUGCCUGAUGGAAAACUAAAACUGGUGCCACCUGAUACCUGCAGAGAAGCCACGAUUUUGUGGAAUGGACUGUCUCGGGAGCAUGCUGCAGUCAUUGCCUCUGCUCUGAAGUCUUUAUCUCAGCUGAAGAGGCUGGACCUAUGGCUGCGAGACCACGGUGCUGUGGAAGCAUUCUGUGAAGGACUGAGAGACCCACACUGCAGACUGGAGACUCUCAGUCUGCACCACAGCCGUCUGUCGGAGCUCAGCUGUCACUGUCUGGCCUCUGCGCUGAAGUCACACCCAGCUCAUCUGAGAAAACUGGACCUUAGCUGGAACGAGGAGCUACAGGAACCUGGGCUGCAGCAGAUCUGCACCUAUCUGCAAAGUCCAGACUGUCACCUCCACAUCCUCAGACUUGAAAACUGCAGACUGGGGGAGGGCAGCUGCUUGGCCCUGUCCUCUGCUCUGGUUUUGAACCCUCAUCACCUGAGAGAGCUGGACGUGACGGAGAACCAGCUCAGCGACGCUGGAGUGGAGCAUUUCUGUAAGGUCCUGAAGAUGCCUCACCUCAGCCUGGAACAUCUCAGACUGGAUAACUGCGGCCUCUCUGAGGUCAGCUGCUCUUCCCUGGCCACAGCUCUGAGCUUAAACCCAAAGUCCAAACUGAAGAAGCUCGACCUGAGUGUGAACGAAGUCAAGGACUCAGGAGUGGAGCGUCUGUGUGAAUAUCUGAGGUGGCCACACUGCCACCUGGAGGCCAUCGAGCUGAAGGGCUGUGGGCUGACAGAGCAUAGCUGUUUGCUUCUGGCCUCUUCUCUGAACGUUCACAUGAAAGACCUCAGACUGAACUGGAAUCCCGACAUGAGAGACCAGGGGGUGAAGCACAUGAGCAUGUUCCUCAAGAGUCAGAGCUGUGGACUGGAGGAGCUGAGGUUCCGGGGUUGUGGCGUGACUGGGAUCGGCUGCUCUUCUUUGGACUCAGCCCUGAAGUCCACCCCCCUAUCUCCUCUGACAAAACUGGACCUGUGUGAGAACAGCCUAACACAGAGCGACGUGGAGAAGCUAACAGAACUGCAGCACAACCCCCAAUAUCGACUAGAGCAGCUAGAAUGGGAGGAUGACUGAACUCAAAGAUAACAUUUCAUGAAGACAUUUGUUUAAAAACGGCAUUCACCUAUGUAAAAAAUAACUCAAAAGUCCAGACAGAAGGGAAAUAUGCUUCUUUUUUUAAAAAAAUACUGACAUGAAGCAUUACUGCCUCAUUAUGCAAUUUCUGUCAUUAUAUUUCUAUUGAAAAUAACCACAUUGAAUUU